AUGACAGAGGCGGUUCAACCCAUGCUGGACAUGGAAGCAGUUAUAAAUUUUGAGGUUUCUGAAGAGAAGCCAUCAGAAUUGCCGGCAAAUAAUGGCAAAAAGCAGAAAGAAAAGCCGAAGCGGCGACCGAGAGCUAGUAAAACAGAGGACUCUGAAUCAUUUCUAAGGCCCAAACAAGUAAGAAAAAAGCCAGUCAUGAAGCUGGUUCCUUCGACAAACAAUGAGUUUGCGCCAUUUACAUACGAAGAAGCGCAUUUUUUAGCUGGGGAAAUUGAUAAAUUCAUGGGUACACAAAUCGACUUUGAAAUUCUAUCUACUAUUCGAUACGAGCCAACCUUGACAGCUGUGUCUGAUCCAUCUCAGAUCGUGUGUCCCGAAAACUUCUUUCUUCUCAAAAGUCAUUGGCAAAGGCUACAUCUUGCAAUAGACUUUUUCAAAUGGGAUGUUGAGGUCCCAUACGAGCUAUUGGUUAACGAGCUAAUGAAAGCAAUUAACCAAUUGGACCCCAUGCUUCCAUACAAGCUAAGGGUCCUGGUUACGAAGAAUAAUGUACUUCGUGUGGAGGCUCACCCAACGACACCCCGCAUAGACUUAUUUUCAGGAGUCAAUAACUAUCCUAAUCUGCAACCUCUCGACCCUGUUUAUAAAGUAUACCUUGAUACACAGCAUACGUCGAUAUCGCCAUUUACAUCAUUCAAAACGACAUACCGAGAUCAUUACACCAAAUCACGGCAGAGAAUACUAAAAAAUAAUGGCGAUUUGGAAGAAGUUUUGGUGUACAAUACGUGCAAUGAGAUAAUGGAAGGCAGUAUCAGCAAUGUUGCAUUCAGACGAGAUGACAAAUGGAUCACUCCAUCCCUUGUAUCAGGAUGUUUAUGCGGCGUUGUCAGAAAUACAUUAUUACUUGCAGGUAUAAUAGAGGAGGGCAAAAUUUUGAGAAACUCAGUUAAAGUGGGAGAUGAAGUUGUUAUAUUCAAUGGCAUCAUGGGGGUGUGUUAUGGCCGGAUAGCAGAGUGA